AUGACCAACAUUGGAUACACUUUUGCGCAAAGAAGCGGCUGGACUGUAAUCCAGCGGCGGCAGGAAGGGUCGGUUCCCUUCAACAGGACCUGGGAGGAGUACAAACUGGGCUUUGGGAACAAGAACGGGGAGUACUGGCUGGGGAACGAGAACAUCCACCUGCUGACCAAAAGUAAAAACUACACAUUAAGAAUCGUCCUCGAGGACUGGAGUGGCGCCACGAGCUUUGCAGAGUACAGCACCUUCAGGGUGUCCGGUGAGGCGGUCGGGUAUCGCCUGCACAUUUCCGGGUAUUCAGGCACCGCGAGAGACUCCAUGGCUCACAACAACGGUCACAGGUUCUCCACUUUGGACAGGGACAAUGAUGCCUGGAGCAUCGGCCAUUGUUCUCAGCGAUGGGGACAGGGCGGCUGGUGGUUUCCGGGCUGCAGCACCUCUGUCCUCAACGGGCGCUACCUGGGCAACUGUGGGAACUCCUGUCCGUGGGGACAAGGUGUGCUGUGGUACAACUGGAGAGGCUACAGCUACUCCCUGAAGUCUGUGUCUAUGAAAAUCAGACCAUAA